UACUACUGCUAGGAGAAUCCUUUCCAAUCAAAUACUAGAGACUUCAAACCUGCAAUUUUUGUCAUUGUAUUACGCAGUGUGGUUCCAUUUGGACGGUCUGGAUCUGUGGCGCUUCCCGGCAAAAGAUGCCCGAGUAACCGUCAAAGACUACAGAACGCCGGAAGGCGGAGGGGCAUCUUAUUUCAAGUCAUUCAGAAAAGAAGCGCUAAAAUUUGACUUAUUUAGAAUCAAAUUGCGUCUUCGGUGGUUACGUCUUCCGUGGCUAAUACAAACUUCCAAAGAAGUUGCCGAACAAAAUAUUCUAUUCGAUUCGUUUCGAUUGUGAAACUUCAAUCAACCAUUUCCUUUUCUUUCCUUUGCGUAAUUGGAAGUAUCAGAAGACGAAGAACACAUGAGUUCCCAGCUUUCGAGACCUCUACAAAAUAUUCUAUUCGAUUCGUUUCGAUUGUGAAACUCCAAUCAACCAUUUCCUUUUCUUUCCUUUGUGUAAUUGGAAGUAUCAGAAGGCGAAGAACACAUGAGUUCCCAGCUUUCGAGACCUCCGAUCUUCUUCAAUAUCUCUUCUUCGAACAAGCUUCCAUCUCUUCCUUCGCGUUCCCCUGCAUCGUUCUUGCCUUUCCGGUGCUUUUCCCGUUUGAUUUCGUGCAGAAAUAUGUCUUCCUCUUCUGAGGACGUUCCUCCAGUACUACAAACAGUCAAAAUCUCAUAUUCAGAGCUCAAAGAUAAGAAUGCAGAUUUGUCAACGAAGAUUGAAGAUGGCUUUGGUCCCAAUGGGUUGGGGAUUCUAUCUGUUUCACAAGUUCCUGGCUUUACUUCAUUGCGUCAAAAUCUCCUGCAUCUUUCACCAAGGUUAGCAAGCCUUCCUGAAGAGGUGAAGAAGGAACUUGAAGAUCCUGAUAGCAGGUACAACUUUGGAUGGAGUCAUGGGAAUGAAAAACUAGAAUCUGGUAAACCUGAUAUGUUAAAAGGCUCUUUUUAUGCAAAUCCAGUGUUAGAUGCACCUACAUCUGAGGCUUCCCUUAUCCAACGGUAAAGUGAAUAUUGCGGUCAACCAAGGAACCUUUGGGAUCUAUAUAUUGGUUAUUCAACUUCUGGUAAUGAUGCAGCUUUCAAAUCUCUGGGGAAGCUGAUGCUGGGUGUAGGAUUGAUGCUGGCAUAUCAUUGCGAUCGAUAUGUAUCCAGAGGGAUGACAAUGUAUGAUAGCAAAGGCCUUGAGCAGAUACUUCUGAGUUCUCGGUGUCAUAAAGGUCGUCUUCUAUAUUAUUUUCCUGCAGAGCAGAGCAACUGUACCCAUGAUGGUGGCUCCAUGUCGUCGUGGUGUGGAUGGCAUACAGACCAUGGCUCGCUCACAGGUCUUACCUGUGGCUUGUUUAUGAGAGAUGCUGUAGAAAUACCUUGCCCUGAUAGUGCUGCUGGCCUUUACAUUAAAACACGGACUGGCCAGAUUGUCAAAGUUGUCUUUGGAGAAGAUGAAAUAGCAUACCAAAUUGGUGAAACCACUGAAAUACUCUCAAGCGGUUGUCUUUGUGCAACUCCACAUUGUGUUAGGGCACCCAAAGGAGAGAAUGCUUUUGGUGUGGACCGUUCAACUUUUGCAUUAUUCAUGCAACCUGACUGGGAUGAAAAUCUUAAGUUUCCCAGGGAUGUGCAUCUACAUCAGGAGAUAAUUCCGCCAAAUGGAACUCUUACCUUUGGAGAGUAUUCAGAGAAGCUUCUUGACAAAUAUUACCACCUGAAAGCAUGAGAAAGAUGCCAUUCUCUUUGCCUACUGGAAUCUUUUACAAAGAACAGGGAAAUUGUUCAGUUGUACGUUAUAAAAAGGGUUACCAUUUGAAAUACUCCAGCUUUUCUUGCUUGCAUACAUGUUCCUCACUUCCCUUUUUCUUCUUUUUUUCAAUAUUUUUUUUUUUUAUAGAAUAACAAAAUUUGAUUGGGCAAAUGGUUCAGAAAGCUGUAUAUACUGUUGAGAUAGAGGUAUACAUGAAUGUACAAAACAUUACAGAUAAUAUAUUUACCACCUAAUUACAGCUUACAACCUUUUGAAUUUCA